AUGGUUACUAAAGUUAAUGGGGUCAAGCGUGCUGCUCCAGCUCAAUCGCUGAAAGGUAACAAUGCUAAGAAAAGCAAAGUUGUGAAGAAACUCCCAUCUCCUCCACCUGAAUCAGAAGAAGAAGAAGAAGAAUCAGAAGAUGAAGAUUUAUCAAGUGAUGAAGAUAUCGAAGCUUCUUCUGAAGAUGAAUUAGAUGAAUUAGAUGAUGAUGAAGAAGAGGAAGAAAAAGAUGAAUUAGAUGAUCUUGACAACGACGACGAAGACAAAGUAGAUGAAGAUAAAGACAGUGAUGAUGAAGAUGACGAUGAUGAAGAAGAUAAAGAUAAAGUAGUUGAUCCAAACAAGAAAUCAUCAAAAGAACAACAUGCUGAACAACGUAAAGUAUUAGCUGAACGUAAAUUACAAAGAAAAUCAGGGGUUGAAGUCCAACAAAUCAAAAAUUUGUGGGAAAAAUUAAGAAUCACUAAACCAACUCCUCCAAAACAAGUUAGAGAUAAACUUUGUGAUGAAGUUUGGGAAUUAUCUAAGGAUGUUAUCCUUGAUUUAGUAUUAAAACAUGAUGCCUCCAGAGUGGUUCAAACUUUAAUCAAAUACUCGUCCAAAGAAAGAAGAGCUAAAAUCAUUGAUUCAUUAAAGGGUAACUUUUAUCAAUUAGCUACUUCAUCAUAUGGUAAAUAUUUAUUAGUUAAAUUAUUACAUUAUGGUUCUAAAGAAUCAAGAGGUAAAAUCCUUGAUGAAUUACAUGGUAAAUUAAGAAAAUUAAUGAGACAUAAAGAAGGGGCUUAUGUGGCUGAAGAUUUAUACGUUUUAUAUUCAACUGCUGAACAAAGACAUCAAAUAAUAAGAGAAUUCUGGGGAGCUGAAUAUGCUGUAUUUAGAGAUUCAGGAAAGGGUAAAAAUGUAUUGGAAGUCACCAAGGAAUCAUCUGAAAAGAAACAAUUGAUCAUGACUAAUUUAUUCGGUACUAUCAAAGCUUCAGUUGAAAAAGGUUCAACUGGGUUCCAAAUUUUACAUGCUGCCAUGAAAGAAUAUGUCAGUAUCUUAGAAGAUAAUGUUGAACUCCAUGAUACUCAAAUUAGAGAUUUCAUUGAUUUACUUGAAGAACAAUUUGCUGAAUUAGUUCAUACUCAAGAAGGUGCUGAAGUUGCUAGUGCUUUAAUUGCACUUGCUAACGCUAAAGAAAGAAAAGUUAUUAUAAGAUCAUUAAAAUCACAUACUGAAGAACUUAUUAAAAAUGAACAUGGUAAUUUAGUCUUGAUUACUUUAUUCCUUACUGUUGAUGAUACUGUUUUAGUUCAUAAAUCAUUUGGACAAGAAAUCUUUACUAAAGAAUUAACUCCAAAAUUAAUUCAAGAUAAAUUCUCUAGAAGGCCUUUAAUUUAUCUUUUAAAAGGAUUAGAUGGUAGAUAUUUCUCACCAUCAGUUAAGAAAGCUUUAACUAAAUAUGAAGAAUUAGCAUAUAAGAAAACUUCCAAAAAACCUCAAGAACAAAGAAGACAAGAAUUAGUUACUAAGGCUUUACCACUCAUAUAUAAAAGUAUUUUAUCUAAUGAAUCAAGUGAAGAAUUCAGUUUAGAUAAAAUUCUUUCUAAUAAUUUUGUUUCCCAAUUUUUAUCAGAAUUAAUCUUAACUCCAACUGAUAAUGAAGAAAUCAAUGAAAAAUAUAGACCAGAAUUAGUCGAUGCUAUCUUCGAUAAGACCAUAAAGGGAGAUAUUCGUGAAGAUUAUCAUUUAGUCAACAAAGGUCCAUUCAUCACUAGACUUUUGAAAGCUAUUAUCCAGGGAUCAGAAUAUAAAUGGAAUCCUGAAUCUAAAUCAUUACAAGUGAACGCUAAUAUUGCUAAAAUCCCAGCUACCGGUACUGAAUUUGCUGUUAAAGUUGCUGAUGAAAUCAUAGAAAAAUUAAAAGAUUGGACUACUGGUCAAGGUGCAUUUGUAGUUAUCUCUGUAUUUGAAGUAUUACAAAUACUGAGUGAAGCUGCUACUUUUAAGAAAUUUAAAAAGGAAUUAUCCAAGUAUAAAAAUUUAUUAGCUGCUGAUAAAGAUAAUAAAGGUGGUCAAUUAUUAUUAACUCUUUUAAAAUAG